CUGACGGAUGCUCCACAGGAGAUUCAGGUUCCAGGAGAUGCUUCACUCUUGACUGUACAUGAUUCGUCUUUCAUUUCUAAUUCUACAUCUCUUUCUUCGGUCUCUGUGUGCGCUACUGGCACACCCGACCAACAACACAACGAGGCCGGCAAUUCUGUCGAGAACGGUCGUACUGAUAGCUCUGGUACCGGCUUCAGCAACGUCACUGGGCCUGAUGAUUCCGGCACGCUCAAUGACAAGUUUGUCAGGCCUGACUCGGCGACCUGUGUCGUUCUGCUUGAUGACAAGGCCGCGGAGUCUGGAAAGCUCGUGUCUGACGAGCUCAAACCUGUUGCCAACCUCGUUGCUUCUCCCGCACCUGGGAAGUACUCACGCAAAGACUUACACACACAGGACGCCUUUUGGACGUGCAGUCUGGAGGAGUUUCGUGCUAUGAGCGAUAAGCAGUGGGCCUCUUUCGGAACCACCUUCUACAUUGCUCCAGAUGGCUUUGACACCGCUACAAAGCACGUUGUCGAGCUUGAUUGA